AUGGAUCCCUCAAUUUUCAAGCUUCUCGAAGAAGACGAGGAUGAAUCGAUGCAUUCCGGAGCUGACGUCGACGCGUUCCAGGCCGCUCUCAAUCGGGAUAUUGAAGGUUCUAUGACAAUUUCACCGCCACUCGGGACGAACCCUGGAAACAACGAGUCUCCCAGCCAGCAGUUUGCAACAUGGAAGAAUGGUCUUGGAGAUGCUAACAUCAAUCUCCAGACGCAACACAGCCUUGAAAGUACUCAGAUGAAGGAGCAACAAGGAUCAGCUUUAGACAGUCAACACCAACACGAUCUAAAGCGCACAAAUGAAUCUCAUUUACAACACAGCCAGCCUCAAGACCUUCAUCGAGCAGGUCAACUCUGGGAGAAUCCUUCACAGGCCUCCCAAACAACUGGGUUGCAGAUGUCUGAAAAGACUCCCAGUGGUAAUGAAUUAGAAAGAUCGCACAAUCAAGAGAAUGAAUCUCAGUAUGCAAAACUGCAAAAGAUGAGUAGUCAACAGGCUCGGGGAGUGGAACAGCCUGUUAACCCUAUGAACCGCAACCUUAAGCAAGUACCAUUUGCUGCUUUGCUUCCUGCUUUAGUGUCCCAACUUGAUCCAGAUAGAGCAAUGCAGCUCCGUAACUUAUAUGCUAGACUUAAGAAAAAUGAAAUUCCCAAAGAGGGGUUCACACGACAUAUGAAGGAUAUUGUUGGUGAUCAGAUGCUCAGGUUGGCAGUUAGUAAACUACAGCAGAUUAACUAUAACCAGGUAAAAAUGGGAAUUCAAGCUCCUUCUACUGAAAUCAGUAAUCAAAAAUCCCAGUCUGAUCCUCGUGCAGUCCACCUUAACCAACUGCCUUCCUCGACAUCAGGCACCUUAGGGAGUUCAGUUCAUGUGCAGGGACUUACCAAACAUCCGCAGCACCAGAUGCAGCUUCCAUCAACUUCUUUUCCUAUGUAUACUGGCUCUGGUAAUUUUCACUCAUACCCGGGGCCAACCACCAAUGCUUCUGGUUCCUCUUUGAGACCACUCGCUCAUGACUCCCAUAUGAGACAUGUGGCACAUAACCAGACUAUGGGAUCAACAGGUCUUGGAGGACCGCCGCAGUCUACCACAAACAUGAUGACUAUGCCCAAGUUUGAGAGGCCAACUUCUGUAAAUGAUCCUAAUAGGGUUCAAGGUGGCACUACAUCACACUUCCAGAACAGCUCCUCAUUGCAUUUAAAUUCUGUACCUGGUCAAGGAUCAUCAGUGUCCCAUGUGAAGCAGGAAUCAGUUGAACAAAGUGUUGAACAUAAUAAUGCAGCCAUAGGGACUUCAAACGAGGGAUUAGAGAAGGAGUCCUCUAGAAUGGUUUUAUCCACACCUAGUAACGUGGCACAUGCAAGCUCUGUUUCUCCUUCCAUGACAAACCAACUUGACACUAGCACAGAAAUGAAUUCUCGUGGCUCAUCGGGUACCUUUCAAGCAGGAGUUAAUGGUAGGACGCCACCUAAAAAGCCUUCUGUUGGUCAGAAGAAACCUCUUGACACAUUAGGUUCUUCACCCCCACCAGCAAGCAAGAAGCAAAAAGUAGCGGGAAAUUCUUCGGAUCAAAGUAUUGAACAGCUCAAUGAUGUUACUGCAGUCAGUGGUGUUAAUCUCAGGGAAGAGGAAGAACAAUUAUUCUCUGGGGGUAAGGAGGAUGGUCGUGUUUCUGAAGCAUCCCGGAGAAUUGUGCACGAAGAGGAAGAAAGAUUGAUCUUACAGAAAAGUCCGCUGCAGAAAAAACUAGCGGAAAUUAUGGCGAAAGUUGGGUUAAAGCAUAUAAGCAAUGAUGUCGAACGGUGCUUGUCUUUGUGUGUGGAGGAAAGGAUGCGAGGACUGCUUUCUCAUAUAAUUCGAUUGUCAAAGCAGCGGGUUGAUACCGAGAAAUCUAGACACCGAACCUUUAUCACGUCAGAUAUUCGGCUACAAAUCAAUGAAAUGAAUCAGAAAGUGAAAGAGGAAUGGGAGAAGAAACAGGCUGAAGCAGAAAAGCUGAAGAAACCGAGUGAGAGUGAAGAAGGUGAUGGAGUUGAUAGUGAGAAAGAGAAAGAAGAUAACCGUUCAAAGGGUGUGAAGGGAAACAAAGAGGAUGACGACAAAAUGAGAACCACAGCUGCAAAUGUUGCUGCUCGUGCUGCUGUUGGAGGAGAUGAUGCGUUUUUAAAAUGGCAAUUAAUGGCAGAAGCUCGUCAGAAAUCUGUAAGUGAAGCUGGUAAAGAUGGGAACCAGAAAGCUACGUCAGGUGGAGGAAGAAACUCCAAGGACAGGCAAGAUGGUGGACGACGGUUUUCUGGAACUGGUGGUAGAAGACUAGGAAAGAACCAAGGUUCGUCGAAUCAGCCAAAAGAGGUGAGGACAAUCUCUGCGAAAGAUGUGAUCGCUGUCCUGGAAAGAGAGCCGCAAAUGUCCAAAUCCACUCUCAUGUAUCGAUUAAUUCAAUAG